CCGUAUUUACAUUGUUUAAUCGGCUCAGAGCCUCAGACCCAAAUAAUUACUUGCCGUGCUCGCUGAAAAUUCGAGGGAUUUAGGGACUUUCCCACCAAAAGAGGAGGAGAUUAGGGAUUUCGGCCUCUUCACUCCCUGCAUCUCCGGCGUCCCAAGCUAGUAUAUUACUACUCUCCGGCGGUGUUAUCUUUCUGACCGCCAUGGCGACCGAGAACAACUCCUCGGCUUCGGAUGUGCCGGUAGGCGUCUCCAUGAAACUACAGAUCCUUUCAGAAAUAAGCACACUCGGGGACGAUCUCCUAAUAGAAAUUCUGAUUCGCCUCCCCAGCCCUAAAUUCGCCUGCCGAAUCAGUACCGUCUGCAAGCGGUGGAGUUCCCUGAUCUCGAGUCCUCGAUUCAAUCGCAGUUUCGUUUCUCACCACGAGAGCAUCAACGAACUGCACCCACCUCUGGUACUUUCCUCAGAAGACCAGCAAUCGAUCAUCCAGGGGUUUGUCCCUAUGCCUAGUGUAGAUCAUGAGCUGCGUUUCGCAGUUCUGGAUUCCUUCCAGGACUUGCUUCUAUGUGGGUUUCAGAUGCCAGAAGACCUUGAUGACGAAUUCCGCAGGUCGUACUUCGUCUGCAAUCCGUUUACGAAGCAAUGGAUCGCCCUUCCUCUGGCGCCUUGCCGGCCGACGAGGUGUUCGGGAUUGGUCGCAAGGUUAGUUUGUGAACCCCGAAAUUUAUAUAAUCUUGAUCUAGGAGAUGGCCGAGCAGGAUCUGUUGUUUAUUCUGAGUAUCGAUUCCGGGUUGUGUGUUUAUAUCGACAUAUGAACAAGUCUAACUCUUGUACAAAACUAGACGUGUUUUGUUCCGAGUCAGGAGAAUGGAACAAGGAUCCUGUUGUUGUCAAUACCCAUUUUUUCUGCGACAGAAAGAAUGUAGUUUCCUGUAAUGGAGAGUUAUUUUGGGUGGAUAUUGCUAUACGAGGUGAUAUUGGGCGUCAUUUUAUGAUUGCCGUGUUUAAUCCUUUCUGCCCAGAUAUACCUCCGUCUUGUAUAGAUGCUCCUCAACUCCUGAAACCGUGGUGGGAUAUUUCGGUAUCACAGGGUGCUUUGCACGUAUCUGCGUUCAACAGCGAACCCGAAGAUGGUGAUUCAAGAAUUGCCUCAAGUGUUUGGAGAUUGGACGAUGACCAUAAAUCUUUUAGCCUAGUAUGUGAAGAGAAGCCGGAAAUUGUCUUCUUCCAUUAUCUUGAUGUGAAGGGAGCUAUCUUGUCCUGUGAUUUGAGAAGGGGAGACCUAGAGUUCCACUCUGAACUUAGAGUACUACUUUCACCCCGUUGGACAUUAUUCCAUCCUACCAUUUCUUGUUGGCCUAUUCCAAUUCCAAGGUACGAAGAAUUGCGAGUUAUCUAUGAUGGAAGCUAUAGCUGUUGGGUUCAGAGCAGCAAACCAACAACUCCCGCAAUAACUGGACCAACAACUCCUGCAAUAGCUGAAGAACGUCAACCAAUUCACGUAUUCAUCACAAGGCUCGUGUCCUAAGCCGGGUGAUGGUGCUACAAGGAAUUUAUGUAUCAAUUAAAGGGCAAAGGGUGAAGCUCUCCACUGGUGUGAUAGGUGUUCAUGCACACCAGCCUAUUUAAAGUAGUUGAAUUCCUAAGUUAUCAUGCAUAUAGGUGCAACAGAUGAAUUUGGUUCGUGGUUGUAUUGAUAGAUUGGUUGAAACAAUAAUCUGGGUGGAUUCUCGGAUUGAAAGUGCAGCUCCCACUCCCAGCCUCCAUGUGUCCCUUCCCUUCCGAAGCAGACGCUUUUCAGAUGAGAUCUCUAGUUAUUUGAUAGUAAUGAUCUGUUGUUUCCUGCUUUUACCUCUGUAGAAGUAUUUAUUGUUUACGCUCAAUCUUUAAUUUCAGUAUGAAUAGCAAUGGUUUGCACGCCAUGGUAUUGGUUGUUGAGUAUUGAUUUUCAUGUACUAGUAUAGAUUGUUCAUACUGGUAUUGGUUGUCGUUUAUUGGUAUUAAUUUCUUGUACUUAUAUUGGUUGUCAUGUUAUGGUAAUACUGAUUUUCCUGUUUUUCUUUUUCUAAUGGUAUUGGUUGUUGAGUAUUGAUUUUCAUAUACUAUAUACUAGUAUAGAUGGUUCGUAGUGGUAUUGGUUGUCGUUUGUUGGUAUAAAUUUUGUGUACUAAUAUUGGUUGUCGUGUACUGGUAUAGUAUUGCUUUUCUUGUAUCUACACAUAAUAUAAUACACCGAAGGGAAAAACGGGAGCCCCAUUUCAAAUUUCCUGCAACGAGAGUGAAAGUAGGAAGGACAUUUUGGUCUUCACAGUUACUUUUUUUUAUUCAUUAAAAAGACACGUACUGGGAUUCAAACCAUGACCAUUUUAAAGAAAAACAAGGAUCACAACCAAUCACACUAAGUACAUUUGUUAUAUCUUUUUAAAUUAAAAACAUAUAAUAGCAUGGAGGAAAAAACCCUUCCCCCAUUUCAAAUUCCCUACAACAGGAGCGUUCACAUUUCAAAUUCCCUGCUCCAUGAGCGUUUGUAGGAAGGGUAAAAUAGGGAGUGUCAAUUUUUUUUCUUUCAUUUGCGGAACGGGCCAACUUACACAGUUAAUUCUAAGUAUCUCUAGGUGUAUUCUUUUAUAUCCUACAUAUGAGGGCGACCAAGUAUCACAACAUUUCGCUCCAUCCAUCCUGUACAUUGUCCCUUUGGUGCCAUGUUGGCCGUACACAUGCGGAUUUGAAGGGGUCCAGGAGUGUCAAUUUUUUUUUAAGCCCUUUUAUUUCUCCGUGGUGAUAAAAUAUAUAUGAAAAGGAAAAAAUAAUACUUCUUUUUAUUGCUAAACAUAAAAAAUUUAACAAUAAACUAAUGCAUGGUAUCUAACAGGCUAACCGCUAACCAUAAAAUAAAAGAGUUGAAUGGGCCUGACCUACACGGGAUUUGGCCAUCAAGUAAAACAAAUGAACAUCAUUGGUUUGACAUUCUAAAACAAACUAUUUUCUCUGGCAUAAUAUAUAUUAUGCGAUUAUUUUAUAUCUUAGUGGCUAAAAUAUAAUGUAUUUUAAAGUUAUUCAAUGGUUCAACCUCGACCAACCCAAUUAUUCCAAUUUUUAUCAUUUCAAAUAUAUAUUAUAUAAUUAUUUGAUAUCAUAAUGAUCAAAUUAUAGUGUAUUUUAUAGGGAAUCGUUUGAUAUUUGUUAGUAAAAAACUAAACAGAAAGAUCAAUUUGGUUAUUUUAAACAUUAAAAUGAUCCUAAAUAU